AUGUCAAGUGGUCAAGUAAUCCCGUUUACGCGCCAGUUUAACUCAUUUCGGGCGAACGAAGCAGUUCGAAGCUCCGGAAAUGCCUCACAAGCUAACACAACUCGAGGAUCUACGAAACACAGAUUGCCAUCAGCACGAGAUGAUUCAGCGACAAAAGCUUCCUUAACUCCUCGCCUAUGUCGGAGACAACAAAAUUCAGUUACAAGUUCGAAAUUGAGCAUGAAAUCGUCGCCGCUGUUAUCGCCUCAAAUCAUUCGAUCGACGAGAAUUGACAGCAAUUGGAAUAAAAGAGUUGUCACAAAAGGCUCGAGUAUCCAUUCGAAGAGUCCCGGAAGCAGCGGAACAUCCGUUGAAUCAAUCGUGCCAAAAUACAGCCAAAAUUUAUCGACUUCGAUGUACAAUGGCAAUGGCGGAGGUCCCCAAAAACGUGCUUAUAACAACUCAGGCAAACUCGUUGCUAACAAAAUGAUCAACAGUACUCGCAGUGCCGCCCUAAAUCUCAAUAACAACAACAAAAUGCCUUCUAACUCAACUAACGGUCACAUUACUCACAGCAACAACAACAACAAUAAGUUAAGUGUUAAGAGUAAGGAAAACAACUACACAUCAUACUCAAGUAAAUAUCCGAAUGGUUUGCCGUUCGAGGAUGAAUUCUAUCAUCGACGCCGAAAGUCGCUUUCCGAAACGUCAAGUAACACCGUGUCGUCCAGUGACUCGGAUAGCAGAAAUUUCCGCUUCGAAGACGACGAAUUCUCCCGCAAGCCAUCCAACGAGGCGUUGUAUGUGGAUUUCACGAAAUCCUUUCAUAACAACGAGUCGAAACUCUCGACAACGAAUCGUCUGCGACGAACGCAGCAAGCGAUGUCCGCACAAGUAACGAAAAGUAGCAAUCCUCUGUCGGAAUACAAUCGUCGAAUCAAUGGAGUGCAUAGUAGUUGCACUUCGCAUAUUUACAAAAACCCUGCUAUGAUAUUGGAAAACGUUGUCCCGAAAAAGGCGGCAUCCGCUUCCAUCGUUAAUAAACUUCAGCAUCAUCAUGUCAAAAACAGUAUUAGUAGUGCUAACAAUAAUAAUUAUAAAGCUGUAAAACCAUCGUAUCUCGUGUCUCCAAUUACGUCGUGGGUUCCCAAAAGUAAGCAACCGAUAACGACAAUCAUCCCGGAUGACGAUGAAGAUGAAGAGAAUUUGUCAGAUAUUGAGAGUUCGGAAACAGAAACUGACGAUGAAUGUUCGUCGUUGACAAAUCGCUCGAAUAGCGAAGGCGAUUACCAUUUGAAGCAGAAAAUUGCUUUGGAACCCACGAUGAACGGAAAAACGUAA